CAUCAUCAAAUCUGCUUACUACAGCGCGGGAAGACUCCAGAACCCUCCCGUUCGUUCGACUUCGGUGACUCGUUCUCAUUUCUAAAUUCUGAUUCGCCCUAGCCAAGCUGGAUCUUCUGCUUUGAAGAAAUCGCUCAUUAUUUCUCGUACGUAUCCAUAAAAUCUAUGUAUGCUGAUUUUAUUUUCAAGUCUUCUUUAUUACAAGACAACGCCGGUGGGCGACGCAGGGGCACGUAAGUCGCUACCUUCCGUGGUUACCAGUUGUACGGACGUACAAAUGGUUUACAUGCAUUGUCUCGACAUCUUUCUAUUUUCUCAUCCCUGACACAGAAUGACCCCUCAGCUCAGUCAGCACUGUUUCACCGCUGUCUCCUCUCCCACUCUGGUACUCCAGUGGGCCGUCGGCUAUCAGGAGAAGAUCAUUAAUAUACAGACGUAUGCAUUUGAGCUCACAAACGCAUCCAAGUCCAACGGCGCCAUCCUCUACUUUUCGGAUUUCUUCGAUCCUUUGUUCAUCAACAACCAGCUCAUCAUGGACUAUUAUGCUCAUCAUGUGCUCGACUUUGACCACUUCUUUGGCGAACCUAUCCAUGAUUGCAUGGAUAGACCAGGCUUCGACAGGCCGGCGUGGAUAGAAAGGGCAUUUAGUAACGCUAACACCCAUACCUGCCCAUGGGCUGACGCUGUCGUGAAGAAAUACGGCUCAGGCAUCAAAUACCGUGCUGUUGGCCUUUGCUUUGGCGGACCGCAGGUGUUCAAGCUUGCCAAGGAAGGUAGCUUAAUUAUCUGUGAUGCAAUCGCUCACCCUGCUACUCUCUCCGAUGAUCUGAUGGAGAUCAGCGAAUGUGGCUUCCCAAUGCUCUUUUCCUGCGCUGAAACUAAUCACACGUUCCCCAAAGAGACACGUCGGAAGGUUGAAAACAGGCUUGCCGAGCACAAGAAGACAUACCACUUCCAUAUUUUCAGUGGCGAGUCAUGGAUUUGUGACCAGAUGUGAUCAGAACGUGGGCAAUGCGU